AUGCAUCUUCGUGCUUUUGGUUAUUAUGGUGUUAUUAAUCAUUAUCUUGGUUGUAACUGUCCCGGUUAUAACUAUAGUAAUUCUAGUUAUGAUAAUGCUCUUAGUAUUAGUAGAAAUGGUAUAUAUUCCUACACUGAUUGCAAUGGCUUCGGUGGCGACGANACUCACUGUAGUCGUGGCAAUAAUCCUAACUGUAAUGCUAAUUAUCCUGAUUAUACUAUAAUGCAUCUUCGUGCUUUUGGUUAUUAUGGUGUUAUUAAUCAUUAUCUUGGUUGUAACUGUCCCGGUUAUAACUAUAGUAAUUCUAGUUAUGAUAAUGCUCUUAGUAUUAGUAGAAAUGGUAUAUAUUCCUACACUGAUUGCAAUGGCUUCGGUGGCGACGAGCAAGAUGAUGAUGUUAUUUAUUGUUGCAACUAUUGCUGUGGUCUUCUUCCUAUAUAUACUACUACCAGUGUCACUAGUACUACCAAUUCAAUCCGUACUUACCCUAUUUCUGUACUAUUUUCCUUUACUCUCGUGCUGAUGAAAAUGAUUACGAUGGACAGCGCCGCUCUAACUGCCUUAUUUCAUGUUAAUCUUAGUGCUUAG